AAAUUUAUGAAAUAAAUAUGACAAUUAUUUUGGAGAAAAGGAGCAGUAGAAAGUAAAAGGUCUGGAGCUUAGCCUCCAAAAUACAUUAGGGACUAAACUGACAAUAAUAUGGAAGAACAGUUAACUAUAUAGAUAAUAUGCCGUGUUUGGCUACGUCUAAAUUAAACUGUAUCAAUGGGGGGACGCCCAGAUGGAGAUAUGGCUGAAGGUAAACAACCCCAAGCUCCCGAUGCUCAGCUAUUUGGCCUCCUCUCCGAUCUUCUUCAACAGGUUGAAUCAUUAAGCAAUCAGGAGGAAGUAGAGUUGCGUGCUAAGAUUGAAGCAUUGGGAUUGGAAGUCACAAAAGACCCUUCAAAAUCUGCACAAAAUCUAGAUGAGAUUGAAAUAGCUAAGGAGUUGGAUAAAUUGUCUUCAAAACUAGAUGACGUUGAUAAGAUGAUAUCAUCAACAAUUGCUGCAGAUCCAGAGGUGCAAUCUCUAUUGAGCAGCACCGCUGAUGUAUGGAUGCCUGUCAUCACAGCAUCCUCUGAUGAAAGGAGAAACUUUAUGUCUGCUUUUGGAGAUGAUAAUGCUGAAGUGAAACAAGAUAAGGAGUCUAAGUAGAUCGGUUAUUUUACCCUCUGAAAUCUGAGAGCCGUUGAUUGUCAUAGUGUAGGUAAAAGGUGUUAUUUUGGUAUGUAUCCCACCCAUCCCCUGUUUUUAAAAGGGUGCAUAAAGUAUACCACUAUUGUUUAUCAGCAUAAGGGUGAAUUUCAAACUCUUUUGAAUGAUUAUGUAAAACAACUACUUACAUUGUUUAUUCUCACACUAUUUCCAUUAAUGAGACCCUUACUGAACUUGAUUUGUUGCCAUCAUAAGCAUCAUUUCAAAGUCAGAUUACAAAUUGGAAAAAGUAAGCCAUAUCUUGUUCAGAAAAAUGUUUGUCUUGUUGGUGUGUCUGUGUGCAAGUUAAGCAAACACAGUGGCAAUUCACUGGAAGAGAACAAGAAGCUAGCAUAAGGAGAGUUUGUCUAUCAUAAGAGAAGGUUGUCUUGAUAAUUGAUUAAUUAGUAGUCAGAAACAUCAUUUUGAUGGAAGAAUUAGGCUGAAGAGCCACAAUACAAUCGAUCCUACAACCCAACACACGGCCAAAAAGACCAAUAAGCCAGCCAAGAUGGUAAGCAGUGGAGGCCCUCGAGCUGUUUCAGAAUCAGCUUCAUCAGAUGAUCCAGUGGGAGGAUUUGUCUUUGCAGCAGAAGUAAGGAUCAGCCUCCGGAAUGGUAAAGUCACAUGACUCCUCAACCUGGAAAAUGGCAACAACAGAUAAAUCUGAAACCGAUAAUCCCACAGAUAGAAAAAUAGAAACUAGUAAAGAUUAACAGGCGCCCGAUCAUGCUUCAUCACAUCCUGAUUAAUACUCCUACAUACUACUAUGAUGAUUAAUUCAAAACCUUCAAAUUUACCAGAUGCUUCAUAAAAGCAAGAAUUCAUCCUAGAUACUUUUUUGACACCUUUCUAAAAGCGUGCAUUAAAACUUUCUAUCUGGAAAAAGGAUUAAUUUCUUGCAAACACUAAAAUGAACUCCCAGAACAAUUUCAAAUUGAACAAAACUGUCCUUUUUCUUACUUUCAAUUUUCUAGUCCCAACUUCCCAGUCCUAGAAUCGCAAAAGACUAAGCCCAGAACUCAAAUUGCAAGUAUAAUUUCGUUGGAAAAAAAAAAAAACAGAAAGCACCAUGAAUUUGAUUAUUGUAAUUACACAUAUCUGAAAGUGUGAAGAAAUGAACCUGAAGUUGAGAUGGGUGGGUGGAGAAAUUUGACGAGGAGGGAGUAAACUGAUGCAGGGACAAUCAACUCCGAGACGUGGGCGACUGAACCCUGGAAUUGAUUUGGAUGCCGGAGCUCCUCUUGUAGAACACUGCAUUCUGGAGUUGCAGGGGAUUGAAGAAAGACAAGAAUGGUGAAAGUAAGUGGUGGUGAUGAUAACAAGAAAAUCUGGGGAGUGACUGGACUGGACCUUUGUUUUGCCAACACUCACGUGAUGACAUUUCACUAUUCAUUUUCCUAUUUUUUCUUUUUUUUUAAAAUCAACGAUUAAACUAUUUUGGGCAUUUAUUCAAUCAAUCAUUCGACUUCUUUCCCAUCUCACUCUUUUGUUUUUUUUUCCCCCCUUUUAUUCUGCUUUGUUAACGAUUUGAAUAGUAAGGUGGAUCAAACAAGUGCUUAUCAUUGGCAGAGCUUGCCUCCAGAGCCCGGGGUAUUUCAUUGAUUGCCAAUCCCGCAGGGGAAGUUAUACCUGGCUGAAACAUGACAUUGUCGAGUUUUUUAUUUUCGAAAUGUUUUAUUUCUUGUCACUAGGCUUUGUCUCCUCCACUAUAUAUAUAUAAAAAAAAAGCAAGUGCUUAUCAUAAUUAAUCCAUCUAUACUACCAAAGCAAUUAAAGAUUGCACCGAAAUGAUAAAACAUAUUAUUUCUCUGAUAUACUCUCUCCGUCUUAUAAUUAUUAUCCAGUUUUACUAAAAUAAAAAAUUUUAUUUUUGGUCAAACUUACUAUAUUUUACCUUAAACAACCGGAUAUACCCCUACAUAAGUAAUUGUUUAACCAUUAA